AUGUCCACCCCAGUCUACAUGGUUAUCCGCACCGCCAACAGGAGUGAAAACAUAGUACCAGGCUUUGUCGUCCAGUCUUGGCGAUUCCAGAACCUACAGGAGCGUGCGUUCUUUGCCGAUGCCAGCGUCAACUGGCAUUGUGUGGCAAAUCCUUUCUACAAUGGUGUACAUGCUUCCAUGGCUAUGAUCACAGCUAAAGUAAUCCGUGACGACGAGACAACAGUCAGGAUAGCCAGCCAACCAAGGGAGCAGCGUGAGGAGGCGGAGCAGGAUCUGCGCGCUCUAUUAGCGACAGAAUUACAGCAGCUUAUGUUGCGUGGUAACAUCAGAUUGGACUUCACAGUUGGUAUGCUGCAACCUGGAGAUGAUGGGCCUAUCUGGAUCGAAACUAUGGCUAUUAUCCAAGCUGACUCUGAGGGGCCCCAGCGUCGGUUCAGCUGUCAACAACCUCAACAUAUGGCACCCAAAGGCCCCUACAAGGUGGAUGAAAAGUACUACGUGAUCGUCCGCUACGUAACCCCAAAAGACAUCCCAGCUAAACCCAACAUCCACGUCGGCUUCUCUCUCUAUCCGACAACCUACAAAGGCGACGUGGAGAUUUACGAUCAUCUAUCGACGCAGAAACGACCAGGUUUUACGAAGAAGUGGCUAUUCACUAUUCGGUUGCUGCAGGAGGCGAUGCUGAUGAACAGCAAGAACGUAGACAUGAGGUUGCUAAACAGGACUUGA